AUGUUGGCACGCCAAGUCGCGCUCCGCGUUCCUCGCGUCCUCGGCGUCCGCGCCUUUGCGAACCGCGUCGACAUGGUCUUGAAGGAAGACGUCGCGCAGCUCGGCUUCUCGGGCGACGUCGUCAACGUCAAGGCCGGCUACGCGCGCAACUUUUUGUACCCGCAAAAGAAAGCCGUGUACGCGACCAAGCUCAACGUGGCCAAGUUUGCGCAGGCCAAGGAGGUCGACGCGUCGAUCGAUACCGAGCGCGAGCACGCGCGCGAGAAGAUCAUCAAGCGCCUCUCGACGAUCGAGCUCACGUUCAAGCGCCACUGCCCGACGCCCAAGCCGAUGACCAAGUCGUCGGUCACGGCGCAGAACAUCGUCGACAUGCUCGAGAAGCAGCACGGCAUCGUUGUCGGUAUUGCGCGCGUCGUGCUGCCGCAGGAGCUCAAGAGCACGGGCAACCACAACGUCAAGAUCCGUGUCGACGACGGCAUCGACGAAGAGGUCGCGGCCGCCAAGGAUGCCGAGGCCAAGGUCGAGGCGCCGGUGAACCCGGACGCGCCGGCGUCCAACACGACGCAGACGAUCCUGACGCAGUUCGAGUCGGAGCGCUUCGACACGAAGGCCAAGAAGGACAACAGCACAGAAGCCGCCGUCGCCGACGAGUUUGUCUCGUCGACGCCCAAGCGCACCGUGAACCUCAAGGUCGUGAUCAAUAGACGUUAA